GUUUUGGUGCAAAGCUGCGAUGAAUUUCAAGAAUCAAAUGCUAAUGGCUUUCUACGAGUUUUCCUCACGUUUCUCACUUGUCUAAGACGAUGGCAGGGGGGAUCUAAAGGGGAAGAUUCCUGUGAAGAGCCUCAACAAAGUAAAACAAUUUUGGAGCAACUCUUGGAGUAUAAGAGAUGUCUGGAGGUUGCUGAGAAUCUGGAAGAUGAUGAACCUCUGGAAGAAGAGAUCAAUGAGAAAAUGUUCACUUCUGAACAGUCAAGAAGUGAAGAAGAACCUCCAGAGGAAGAAGAAAGUAAACUCAAGAAAGCGAAGCCAAGUGUGAUGUUGGCAGUCGCAGUGUUGGAGAGGUCAUUACAUUUCCUGCCCUCUAAGGACGAGCAAAGACAGAUCCUGGUGUUGGAUAUCUUAACUGAGGGAGUGUUGGUGCUGAGGUCAGAAGAAGAUCACCUCUUGCCGAUAGUUCACAAGAUCUGGUCACCUUUGGUAAGGAGAUUUCAAGCUUCAGAGACUCGACCGUUGGUCAUACACAGAGCAUUUGUGCUUCUCUCCACUCUUGGCAAUACUGCCCGGGACUUCAUCCGUAGUCGGACACUCAAACAGGUGCUGCCAUCUCUGUGCAAAAUCCUACAAGACAGUGCAAGCCAGAGCUUGCUGAAGGACUCCGGGUCCGCUUAUCGCCUGACACAGCUGUACAAGCUACAGAGGACACUGCUGGACGGGUUGGGACAGUUGGCCCUCGAUCUGUCUGUACAGGAGAGGCGGAUCUAUGACAUUCUGGAAGCUGCUAAAGAGUACCUCAGCGUACGACAGCCUGCUCCAUUACAGGAGCUGUGCCAAAGUUUGUACCGGCAGCUGGCCUUCGUUCACAGAGACCUUGUGUGGCUUCAGCUCUCAUCUGUCUGGUCUCCGGUCUCUGAACUGAGGCACCCAUCCUCAGAGUUCUGCUUGAUAAAGGUGAGUUGGAAAAGCUGA